CGUUACAGCAGCCUGUCAAUUCGAAAACCAAGCGAGGGAAAACUCCUGCAACCGCUGUUCCCGCUCUGCUGUCUGGGGUCGACGAGGUACCACCGAGGGACUCUCCAGUCAAAUCUGCCAGAAAUCAAACUAACGAGCUCUGACAGGAAGCAACGUGCUACCUGCUGGGAACACGGCCAACACUUUCCUGGGUUCCUCUCUGAAACGCCUCGCAGACUUUAACCCGCCCGCCGUGCUGUCGACAUGGAUCUGGCGUUUCCUGUCGGAGGGUUUAUCCCGGUAAUGAGUCGUCUGUGGUGGACAGUCAGACCCAACCUGGGAUCUCUGCGUUUAAAGGUCACGUUGACGUCAUGCCGGUCCAUGUGCUAUCGGAGGGGGCGGGGCCAGGCGCCCAGGUACCAACACACCUGACCAGGAUUCCCAUCUCGCUCAUCAGCACCAGCACAGACUACUCCAACAGAACAGUCCAGGGGAAAGUGGUCCGUAAAUGCCCGUUGGUGUCGUUAGCAUCUGACAACUUAAUCCUGAAGAUUAUCAUCCAAGAAGAAGAUUCACCGCCGGACGCCUCGUCUCCGAACCCGUCAAUCAACGUCAUCCUGUUGGGAGCGCUGGCCAAGGACUCCAAUCAAGCUGUCAAUCAAGGGGACGUGGUCGCGGCCGCCGGCUUCACUGUGGGUAAAUCUCCCACGGCUCUCAAGGACAAGCUGCACCCCUUUAACCUGCUGCUGCUGGGAGACGGCGCCUGCGUUUAUGUGUCCCGCCCCCCGCCUCCGCCUCCUCCAAGAUCCCCGCCGGCCGCCAAGAGGAGCUCCCCGCUGUGCGCUGAGGUUUCCAGGGCGACCAAGGCGCCUAAAUACACGUACGUCCGGCUGGACGAGCUGACGGCCGGAUCCGUGGUCAACGUGUACGGAGUGGUGGUCUUCUUCAAACAGCCGUUCAAGACCCGCGGCACAGACUUCUGCUCCAGCCUGAAGAUUACGGAUCAGUCCAACGAGAAGAUCGGCUGCACCGUCUUCUGUGAGAAGCUGGAGGACCAUCCCAAAAUCUAUCAAAUCGGAGACAUCGUGCGCCUGCACAGAGUCAAGACUCAGUUCUUCAAUAACUCCAUGACGCUGGUCAAGACCUUCGGUUUCUCUGUGGUGGCGUUCGACGGGGUGGAGGGCGGAUCCAUGGAGCCGCGGACCUCCAGCCGCUCCUUCCACUUCAGCCAGGAGGACCGUCGUACCGUCGAGGAGCUGCGAUCCUGGGCUGCCAACCAGGCUCUGCUCCCCGCCGCCCCCACAAUCGCUCUGUCGGCCGUUCAGCCUAAAGCUUACUUCGACCUGACCUGCCAGCUGCUGGCCAAAGCUGCCGUCGACACCACCUGCACCCUGCUGAGGGUGUGGGACGGAACCAGAAGUCCUCACACUCUCCUGAAGGUGAUGGUUGAGCCCAACGUCACAGAGGGUCCGUCCUCCUUUUCUCAAGAGCGAGAGGGACUCAUCGCCAACGUCCUCGUCUAUGACAACCACGUGGAGUACGCGAGGCAGCUGAAGCCCGGGGACUUCCUGAGGAUCUACAACCUACGAGCGAUCCCAGGAUCCAGUAAGGUGCCCGGCCUCACCAGCAGCCAGCAGGAGGAGGUGGAUCAUCUGGCCUUUCACCUGCAUGGAGGGACGGCGUUCGGCAGGGGGAUCCGGAUUCUUCCAGAAAACUGCCCCGACGUGCAGCAGCUGAAGAGAGUCCUGGAGGCCUGCCCAGAGGACGACGAAGACGACUUCUCCGAGCUGAAUGACUCGGCGUUGUUGGAGAUCUGGAGCACUCCACCAGAGUCUCUGGAUGCUGAAGCAGUGGAGUGCAGCGCAGAGAGAAGCUGUGAUCACAGCACACAGCCGCUGACUCUGUCCGAGGUGAAGCGCUCUGAUCCGGGUCGAGUUCAUCACGUCAGAGUCCAGCUGAGAUCCUACGAGCCCCGCAGACUCCACCAGGCUCUGAAACUCUACUGCAGCAAGUGUACAUCAAUGCAGGACGUCCCGGAUGAUGAACUGGUGGCGGGUCUCUUCUCUGAGGCGUCCCAGGACUCUGCGCCCUGCAGUCCCCCGCCGUGGGCGCUCUCUGGGCGGGUCGAUGUCCCCGGGAACUCCCCGGGAUCCCCGACACGAACACUGAGCGUUCACCUGUCCACCGAGCUCGUGUCGAAGCAGCUGAUGUUCCUCACGGGUUCGACUCUGGAGGAAACGUGUCGACUCGCGGCCGGCUACCAGAAUAUCGUCCCCGUGAGGUCGGCGGGAGGUCGGCUGGCUCUGCUCGACCCGCCUGCACCGUUCCUCUUCAGAGGCAGGAAGAGAUACUACGGGUGUGAGCGCUGCUCCGAGGCCGCGGUGAGGGAACCUUCGCGUCCGGAAGGAGUCGAGCAGAUCGAUGAGAAGAUCCUUGCCGAAGCUCUCGGCGUUCAGCUGCUGCAGCACGUCCUGCUGAUGAAGCUGGAGCUGCAGGACGCCACCGACAGCCUGGACGUGUUCCUGUGGAGAGACGCCGAGUCGUUCUUCGGCGUGUCGGCGGAGGACGUAGCAGCCAAUCAGGAGGCUCAGAACAGCAUCCACCAAAAAAUGGACUCCCUCUGUCCAGCAGGGGGCAGCACUGGUGAGCGUCCGUGGAUGGAUUUGUGUCUGACGGCGUACGGAGCCGAAGACGACGGGGGACAGAACCAGACCUGCUAUCAGAUCUGCAACAGCACCAUCACCUCCACCCCGUCCAACGCCAACCCCUCCUAAACCACCUGCAGGUCAAAGGUCACCAAGUCCUGCAGGAAUUUAACUGUUUUUACCAGUUUUUUAAAAUCAUUUGUAUUUUACACUGUUUGUGUUUUUGUAUCUGUAUUUAUUGAAUGAAACAAUAAAUGUACAUAAAAUGUUUCUGGAUAAAUGUAUAAAACUCAUGUGUUACUGUGUUUUAACAGCUUUCCAAUAAAGUUAUUGGCUUUUACAACAAAACUCUUCUCUUGGAGCAUUUUUCAGUUCUGUGGUGUGACUGCGCCAUCUGCUGGUCAACUGACAGCAUGACACCUUUAUAGAAGACUUGUUCUGAUCACUAAUUAAUGUAUAGAUGCAGCAAAUGGUAAGUACAAAAAGGUUCAUCUACCUGUUACUUUUACUUCUACUCUUAUUGUACGUCUUACCU